AUGGGUGCGAAGAGGCAGAAAGGAGCCCGGCGGCCGCGGCUCAGGCCCGCCGGGAGGCGCAGGAGGAGGGCGGCGGGGGCCGAGGAGCCCCCUCAGGGCCGGGCCCCUCACCUGGCGCCGGGGCCUCGGAGCCGGGCGGUGCCCGCGGCCCAGCGCCGCCCCGCGGGGAGGAGACAGCGGGGCCGCGCCGCUCCCCGCUGGAGGAGGAGGAGGAGGAGGAGAAGGAGGAAGGCGGGCGGGGCGGCCCGGUCACCUCAGCGGGAGCGGCCGCAGGUGCCUGAAGCCGACGGACCCCGGGCGGCCUCCUCCCAGCGCAGGGCGGCCUCCCUCCGCCCCGGGGGCCGUCGGUGGAGCUCUGUCAGCAGCGGCUCGUCCACCUGUGGCGGCGGCGGCGGCGGCGGGAUGGCGGAGCUCGCCCUCAGCCCCGCCGCCGUGCUGGGCUUCCUGCGGGAGCGCGGCGGCCGGGUGCGCAACGCCGAGCUGGUGGGAGCCUUCCGCCCGCUGCUGGAGGCCGCCGGGGACGCGGCGGAGCGGGCGGAGCGGCGGGAGCUCUUCAAGCGCUCGGUGAACGCCGUGGCCGUGGUGAAGGAGCGCGACGACGGCAAGUUCGUCGUCCUGCGGCGGCACCUGCGGCCCGCCCCGCCGCCCGGGGGCGUCCCGAUGGACGGCGGCGGGCCCCCGCCUCAGGGGCGGCUCUCGCCGUCGCCCCCCGAGGAGCUGCGCUCGCCCACCGAGGAGCAGCCGUCGCCCCCCGAGGAGCAGCCGUCGCCCCCCGAGGAGCUGCCGUCGCCCCCCGAGGAGCUGCCGUCGGCCCCCGAGGAGCUGCCGUCGGCCCCCGAGGAGCUGCGCUCGCCCCCCGAGGAGCUGCGCUCGCCCCCCGAGGAGCAGCCGUCGCCCCGUGCCGUGUCCGAGCUCCGUGGCCUCUUCCAGAGGAGCGGCGGUGGCGGGGUGCCCCUGCCCGCCGGUGGGUCCGGGACCCGUCGGGAGCCGGUCCCCAAGCCCUGCAUGCUGCCCGUGCGCUGCGUGCCGUCGCCAGCCGCUGCCCCAGAGCAGCCCAAGGAGCCCGGAGCCGCCUUGUCGCCCUUGCCAGAGGAGGACGAGGCCGGGUGCCGCUCGCCCAACCUGCGGCGGGUCCCCAAGACCCCGCGGGCCAGCGAGGAGCCGGCGGCGGUGCCGCUGGAGGAGGCCGAACGCUGGCUGGUGAUGGCGGCCGAGGGGCAGUGGUCCCAGCAGCUCCACGGGCUGCUGCUGGGCGAUGCCAGCCUGGCGGCCCGGCGGGACUUCAUCUCGGGCUUCACCGCCCUGCACUGGGCCGCCAAGAAUGGCAACUGCGACAUGGUGAGGAACAUCAUCGAGGUGGCGCAGAAGGAGGGGACUCACGUCGACGUGGACGCCAGGUCGCAUGGUGGCUACACGGCGCUCCACCUCGCCGCCAUGCACGGCCAGGAGAUGGUCAUCAGCAUGCUGGUCCGCAGCUACCACGCCAAGACCGACCUGAGGGACUACAGCGGGAAGAAGCCACACCAGUGCUUGAGGGAAGGGGCCUCCAUUGCCAUCAGGCGCUUGCUGGGGGACCCCAGCCUCGAAACCACUGGGGGAACCUCCCUCCCCAUAAAGAAAAGCACCAAGAUUGCUGCUUCCAUCUUGAGCUCCACCAGCACUUUCCUGGGGGUCAUAUCCGAUGACAUGGCUUUCUAUGACCUCACCAAAGGCUUAAGGAAGCCUUCAUCCCUGAACAAGCUCCUGGCUGCCACGACAGGCCCGAGGAGGAAGCCAAAGACCAGAGGGAGCUUCCCUUCGUAUUGUUCCCUCUCUGAGGUGGUAGAGGAGGAGGAGCAAGAAGAGGUCAUUGUGAAACGCCGGCCGGUCUCUGAGCUGUUCUUUGGCCACUAGCCUCUGCCUUCUGGGGAUCGGAAUUGUUCAAUACUGUGACUGGGGGCCUUGGUCUUCUCAUGAAGAAGUAAAUUGGAUUUCUUCUC